GGCUGUGCAUCCACCCGGAUCUUGCCCCAGGAGACAGCCUCGUCUGGUCGGGCACCCGAGUCGGAGCCAUCAAACUCCUGGGCUGUGUUGAUGUAGACAGCAUAGUCGGCCCCGUUCCGCUGUGGGGAGAGGAGGGGCACGGCGGGCCCAGUUAGCCAGUCACAGGAGACAGACACAGAGGGAGGACACCAUAGCCAAACAGGCUGAGAGGUGUGUCCCAGAUGAAGGAAGCCCUUUGCAGACCCUCGCUCCCAGACAGGGCCCAUGUCAAUGUCUGGGGUCACUAGAGCUGCUGGGCAACAACGGCCCGUGUUUCCCCAGACCCAGCAGCCAGGUGUCAACAACCCUGCCCCAUCGGCAAGGCAGGAGCUGCCAGCAACUGUAUCCUCAGAAGCCCUCCAAAUCCAACCACCUCCCGCCUCCACGGGGCCCAUCCUGAUCCCUGCAUGGUCACCACCGUCCUGGACUGGAGUUUUUACUCACCCGCCACCAUCUGUUCACCACAUGGCCACCAGGGGGAGCAUGGGAACCCUAGUCAAGUCCUCUCCCACCUCCCUCAGGGCAAAGACCAAAGCCGCGCCUCAGCCCACAGGGCCCAGCAGACUCGCUGCAUCACCUCCUGGCCUUCACCACUCCACUUUCCCUCACCAGGUUCCCAGCUGUUCCGGGAUUACUUCAGGCACCCCAGAGCCUUUACACUGGCUGUUCCCUCUCCUGGGAACUUUGCAAUCCAGAAGCUCAAUCCUACCACAGCAGCUGCAACUCCUGGCACGGGAGACAACCACAUGGCUCCUGGGAGAUGCCUCCCCAAACCCCUGCUCCCAGCUCAUACUUCCAGAAGCCUCCUUCCAAAACCCCUUGUUAGACAGAACCCCUUUCUCUUAUCCCAUCAUCUAGUAUGCUCCAUAGCAAUGACUGCCCCGACAUAGAUGUCACUUGUUUGCUAUCUCCCCUACUAGAACAUCAGUCCCAGGGGAGGAGGGAUCCUGGUUUGUCUAGUUCAUGCUGUCUCCCCAGCGCAUGGCAUAGGCCGAGCACACAGCACGUCUGCACAGUGGGCCAAAGCACCACCCCCACUCACCAUGAGGUUGGCAUUGGCGAUGUGGUGCUUGACCACGCCCCCGCCCAGAAUGAUCAUCCCAGUGCCCUUGGCAAAGAUGGCCUGCGUGUUGAUGAGCCUCAGGUCUGGGGAAAGAGGGUCUAAGUCAGGCCUUGGACUCAGCCGGCCCUCCUUCCCGUCUCCUCUGUGGCCCCAGCGCCUCACCCUCAACGAUGUCCAGGACCAGGCCUGGGUUCUUGUAGGAAUGGAAGAAGAUCAUGUCGCCCAGCGAGCCGUCUGUAAGUGCGGGACUAAACACAGGGAUGU